AUGAAACCACAUCGUAUACAUAUGAUACAUAAUUUAAUUCUUAAUUAUGGACUUUAUCGUAAAAUGGAAGUUUAUCGUCCAUAUAAAGCAAUAGCUGACGAAAUGACACGUUUUCAUUGUGAUGAAUAUGUUAAAUUUAUUCAAAAUAUUCGACCAGAUAAUAUUGUUGAUUUUAAUAAACAAAUACAACGAUUUAAUGUUGGAGAAGAUUGUCCUAUAUUUGAAGGUCUGUAUGAAUUUUGUCAAAUAUCAGUUGGUGGUUCAUUAGUUGCUAUUCUCGAAUUACUCAGAUAUCAUCAACGUGUACUUUAUAUUGAUAUUAAUAUUCAUCAUGGUGAUGGUGUUGAAGAAGCUUUUUAUAUAACAGAUCGAGUUAUGACGAUCUCAUUUCAUAAAUUUGGAGAAUAUUUUCCGGAUACUGGUGAUUUACGAUUUACAAAUAUGGCGACGCAAAUUAAAGCAAAUCUUGAUGAAUAUGAUCGUUUAAUAGAUGAACGUGUUCGUUUAAUUCAUGGUAAAAAAAGUUUUCGAACGUACAGAUCGAAAGGACGAGAUAGAUAA